GCAAGCUCGCGGCCGCCCUGCCAGACAGGUGUCACUUCAUGAUCCUGGGGAGGGAACAGGCUUGCAAGAGCGUGUUGUGCUAAACUGGUAUUUGAACCCAGGCCCUUGGGCCGCAGCGUCCACCCCACUGGCCAAUCUCUGCUCACAAGGCCUCCUCUUAGGAAAUGGCCAUUUGGUUCAGCUGACCCCGAUCCGGCUCCCCACUGGCUCCCAGCCUGUCCCCUCCCUGACGGUGAUUAAGGAGGACUCCCAGCGGACUUUCCUAGGAGCGUCUUCACUCAGGAGUUUGCUGACAGCCAAGCCAAGGAUGGCAAGCAAGGGGCCCUCAGCCUCUGCGUCCCCUGAGAACUCCAGUGCGGGGGGACCCAGCGGCAGCAGCAAUGGUGCUGGCGAAAGCGGAGGGCAGGACAGCACCUUCGAGUGCAACAUCUGCCUGGACACAGCCAAGGAUGCCGUCAUCAGCCUAUGCGGCCACCUCUUCUGUUGGCCGUGUUUACAUCAGUGGUUGGAGACCAGACCUAACAGACAGGUGUGUCCAGUUUGCAAAGCUGGGAUCAGCCGAGACAAGGUCAUCCCCCUCUACGGCCGUGGCAGCACUGGGCAGCAGGACCCCAGAGAGAAGACCCCGCCCCGUCCUCAAGGCCAGAGGCCAGAGCCGGAGAACAGAGGGGGAUUUCAAGGAUUUGGAUUUGGAGAUGGUGGCUUUCAGAUGUCUUUUGGAAUUGGGGCAUUUCCCUUUGGGAUAUUUGCCACAGCAUUUAACAUAAAUGAUGGGCGGCCUCCUCCAGCUGUCCCCGGGACGCCCCAGUACGUGGAUGAGCAGUUCCUGUCACGCCUCUUCCUGUUUGUGGCCCUGGUGAUCAUGUUCUGGCUCCUAAUUGCCUAAUGCUGGGCUCCCGGCCUACAUCCAUGGCAGGGCCCCUGGACUGGUGCCACACCACCCCCACUCUUGAUGUUUGGCUUCCUGGAUAAUCCCGAGCCCUGGAAUCAGUGGGGUCCGUAACACAUCAAGGAAUCUUGCUUCUCCACCAGAGCUUUAGGACUCAAGACUGUUGUCCAGAACCCUGGAGUGUGGCCACUGCCAUAAACCCUCAGGCCUUGGCACUGCGUCGUCUCUCCUGGGUUACAACAUGAAAUCCUGUUCCAGCCAGCUCGGUAGCUCCUGACUCUGCACCGGGAAGAGGCAGAAGAGAGAAACUGUUGGUGCAACUUCACCUGCGUUUAAUGUUAUAAGAACAAAGGGAUGAACUAAAUGUUAAUUGUGGAAACUUCCUCUCAUCUCAUUAGAUACCCCUUGGUAAGUGGCCUCUGAGGUCAGUGGGGGUCCUCAUACAGAGAGGUUCCGCUGCCAGAUCUCAAUGCUGCUCUGCCCUAUUCCCUCCUCGGCAGAGGUGCCAGAAAUUGCUGUCCUAUAAAGAUCCUAAUUGCAGCAGCUGAAGCUGGAGGCGCAUCAUGAACUCACCAGAGACCCAACGAUCUUUUAUUGGCUCUGGCCAUCCUCAGCGUCUUUGGCCCGAGAGCAGCUUGAAUGACCUUGUUUUUUUGGCAUAGAUCAUCCUGGGAGACGUGUCUCCACUCACAGAUUUCUCAUCACCUUUCGCCCCCAAACCACACACAUGUUCCUUUCUGCCAGAGGGCACAGCCUCCAUUGCUGCUGUGCAUGAGGAAAGACCUGCAGUUGGGACUGCAGAGGGAUUCAGAGCUCCGAUGCAGGAACAGCCGCACAGCAGCCCCGUCCCCAAGGCCACAGAAGUUCCGCGUGCAUCUCCUCGCAGACCUGCCCAAAGGAAACGGGGUUUGUCAAGUCAGCCCCGCUGCAUGUUGAAGACCAUCCGCCAAAUUGUCCUUAAUGAAGAGGCAGCAAAGGGGGAAGCCCCUAAUUUGAUACGGAUUGUGGACACCUCCUUGAACAUGUGCUAAAACCCGGAAGCCUGUGCCUCCAGAGCAGGCAACCUGGUGAUUUGUUCCAGUCGGGCAGGGGCCUGGGGGCCUCAGACGGUGACACAUGGGGUGGCCUUUCUGUGGAAAUCAUGGUGCCCAAGCCCUUGAUUUGUGUUUCAACUUCACAAGCUUCUUUGUCCGAAUCUGAUGGAGGGAGUGUGGUCCAGGCAAGAAGACGGUUCACUUGGUGGUGGAAUAGUCUGUCAGGCCUCUUCCUAGAAAUCCAGUCUGUUCCAGAGACCCCAAGGCUGGGAGGAGAUGGCCUUCCUCGGGAGCCUCUGUCGCGUCACCGGGCCACAGUGCUCCUGGCUUACCUCCAGCAAUAGCCAACAGAGGGUAGAAAGCCCCACCUAAUGGUUUGUUUUUCUUUCCCAGAUGUGGCUCUGCAUAGCAUAUGGAAACCAGGACCUUAUCCAAGAUGGGAAGCCCUCUUUCCAUCUCCCUAGCCCCCAUCCCUUUCUCCUUAUAACCUGUCAAUGCCAGAGUUCAGUGUUAAAAGACAAAAUAUAAGUAUUGAAUAAGUGG